AUCGUCGGGAACGCGCAUGUCAGGUUCGCUGCGGAGAUCCCGCCGCCUCGGCUCUCACGAUUAAUCGGAGGACUGGUGUAGACAGCGAGAGGCGACGGGCGGCCAGUUUUAAUGCGUUCGGAUACAUGACGGGACCCGGAGAUAUUACAUGUACACGCAUCGCGCACAAAAUUCACCGCAACGCGAACGUUGGCGGAGGAAGACGUCGCCGCCGGGGACGAGGACAACGCGAGCCAUACUGAUGGAACUCCCGGUCGUUGCUAGAUGGAGAAACCGAAAGGGUGGACUGGUUAUUAAUUAUUAAAAAAAGAUAACAUCUGCUGCUAUAAUUUAGAAGAAGAAAAAAGGAAGAUGCAUCUGCAUCAGGUGCUGACGGGAGCUGUAAACCCUGGAGAUUGCUGCUAUUCCGUGGGGAGCGUAAAUGACAUUCCUUUCACGGCCUAUGGCUCGGGUUGUGAUGUCGUGAUCCUGGCCACUGACUUCGACUGUGUGCAGAUCAUCCCCGGAGCUCAGAAUGGAAACAUACAGGUGGGCUGUGUGGAGUGCUCCCACCAGCUUGGCAGGAUUGCUGCAUCUUACGGAAACACAGUCUGCAUCUUUGAGCCGCUUUCCACCAACCCGAACAAACGCCACAAGCAGCUUAACUAUCAGUGGCAAAAGACAGGACAGUUCUUCCUGGAAGCCAUCACCUACAACCUGGCCUGGGACCCACAAGGGAACCGCAUCCUCGCGGCGACUGAGCGGCUCCAGCUGUGGGCUCCUCCGCUGGCGUACGCCCUGAUAGAGGAGGAGGACGCACAGUUGAACGAGGACAAGCCCUACCCUGUCCUCAACGACUGGAACUGUGUCUGGCAGUGCAAGACUGCAGCAUCUGUUCACAUCGCCAAGUGGUCUCCUGAUGGCGAGUAUUUUGCAACCGUUGGAAAGGAUGACUGUUUGCUUAAGGUGUGGUAUCCCACCACGGGCUGGCGUUCUGCAGUGGUGGUCCACGACCCGUCCGACAAAAGGCCUCCUCCUGUUCACUUCUCCUUUGUUUACCUGGCUCAUCCUCGCUCUGUUACGGGUAUGUCCUGGAGGAGGACCAGCAAGUACAUGCCCAAGGGUUCGGUGUGCAAUGUGAUGCUGACUUCCUGCGAGGAUGGUGUAUGUAGGAUGUGGUCAGAGACCCUGCUCCCGGAAGACAGCCUGCUGGGUGGACAGAUCUCCGAGAACAUACACUCCACCAGCUCCAGCCUGCCAGGACUGGCCGUAAAUAAGGACAAGAUCCAGCAUGCUUUGGAGUCGAUCCAUCACCUGAAGCAUCUGCGGCGAGGCCGGCGGCGAUCCUCUGCUUUGGUGGCUCACAGUGAGCUGCUGCCCUCACAGCUCGGCACGCAGGACGCACACACUCACCGCCACAUCGCCCAUCACGCCAAUGCCCUGUGUCACUUCCAUAUCUCAGCGAGUAUUAACCCCAACACAGACAUCCCAUCAGCGCUGGCUGACUCUGCAGUUUUCAACCCAGACGAUGGCACCGGCGGCGGAGGCUUCGUUGUUCACUGGCUCAACAAUAAGGACCUCAGCUUCACAACCUCCAUGGACCUCUUUAUGCUGCAGCUCCGUAAAUUCUCUGAACAGCACGUGGACCAGACGACCGAGGACCCCCUGGACCCCGAGGGAUCCACCAUCAAGUUUGACUUUGACCUGGACGAGAUGUCCGACAAAGCGUCCUCUGAGCAAGGGGAGGAGGGGGAGCCGGGGGAGCAGGGGAGCACUAAGGCGUCCUCCCCGGGAUCCAACUCCAGCAUGCCUUUGCCUUCCAUGCUGCUGGAGAGGAAGAUGGAGACUCUUAUCACAGAGUGGAACAAAAGCCCAGACAUGUUGUUCACCAUUCAUCCUAACGAUGGCUCCUUCCUGGUCUGGCAUGUCAAGUAUCUGGACGAAUUCAACCAGGGAAUCUUCAGACAGGUUCAGGUGUCCUUCUCCUCCCGUAUUCCAGUGGCAUUUCCCACAGGUGAUGCCAACUCCCUGAGUAAAAACAUCCUGAUGUACGCCUGCACUUUGACUGAGGGUGCCAGCGCCGAGGAGCAGCGGAGGAUGGUCCAACGCGUCUCCCACUCCGCUUCAGCCUCGGCCAGCCUUGGUUCAACUGCACUGGCCGCCUCGCUGAACCCUCGGCCCGGCAUCAGUCCUGCUGUCAUGAUGGUCUCCAAACACGUGGAUGGAUCUCUCAACCAGUGGGCAGUGACAUUUGCAGAGCGCUCUGCCUUCUCCAACGUAAUGAACGUGUCACACAAGUUCCGGUACUGCGGCCACCGCUUCCAUCUGAACGACCAAGCCUGCCACACAGUGCUGCCGCUGCUGCUCACCUCCUCUCACCACAACGCUCUACUCACCCCUCCAUCGGCCCCCAGCAGCCUGGAAGGAGAGCAGCCUCCUACCUUUUCACUAGCAAAGGGACCUUUCAGUAGCAGGAAGCAGCUUCGUAAUGCAGCGACGAGGACUUUCCAUGACCCCAACGCCAUCUACAGUGAACUUAUCCUCUGGAGGGUGGACCACAUUGGACCCCUUUCCUGCACUGGAGGGGUCUCCGAGCUGGCCCGCAUUAACUCUCUGCACACCUCAGCCUUCAGCAAUGUUGCUUGGCUCCCUACACUAGUACCCAGCUCUGUACUUGGAACUUACUGUAACAGCGCCAGUGCCUGCUUCGUGGCAUCAGAUGGGAAAAACCUCCGUCUCUAUCAAGCUGUGGUGGAUGCCAGAAAACUACUGGAUGAGCUGUCAGACCCUGAAACGUCUAAACUGGUGGGCGAAGUGUUCAACAUUGUCAGCCAGCAGUCCACUGCCAGACCCGGUUGUAUCAUAGAGUUGGACGUCAUUACAAAUCAGUGUGGCGCCAACACCCAGCUGCUGCACGUCUUCCAAGAGGACUUCAUUCUAGGUUAUAAGCCUCAGACGGAACCAGAAGCAUUCCCACCGGCCUUUCCAUGUGGCGAAGAUUACCAACCGGCCCCGUUCUCUGAGAAGUUCUUCCUGGUGGUCAUCGAAAAGGAUCUCAACAGGAACUCUGUCCUGCAGAUGUGGCACCUGCACCUGAAGUCUGUGCAGGCCUGUGUUGACGAGGGGAGCCCGGACAGCAGCUUCCAAAGCGAGCUGAUGGUUCCCAAUCAAGCUGUGAACGCUGACUCAUCUCCAGAGACCUCGCCCAUCAGGCCUCUGCCUCGGUCGGCCUCGACGGCCAAUUUGCAAUCAGCCAGCAAACUCAUCCUCAGCUCCAAGCUGGUGUACAGCAAGCGGCUGGACCUGCCCCACGGGGUGGAGGUCACCAGGGCCACCCCCUCUGCAGGUCAUCUGAGCUCCUCUUCUAUCUACCCCGUGUGCCUGGCUCCGUACCUGAUUGUCACCACCUGCUCGGACUCUCGAGUGCGGUUCUGGCGCUGCGCCGUGGAGGGCGACGACGGGUGUAGCGAGGAUGACCGGGACAACCGCUGCUACCGCUGGGAGCCCUGGGCCCUGAUGAACGAGGAGGAGGACAACAACAGCGCCGUGUGUGUGUCCGGGCGGCCCGUAGCGGUGUCCUGCUCCUACAUCGGCAGGCUCGCCAUUGCCUUUAAAAAGCCUCGCCAAGGGCAGCUGCAGGGUUCUGGAGAGGACUUCUCCAUGCACGUGUCCAUCUAUGAGUGUGAAUCGACCGGCGGCUCGGAGUGGGUUUUAGAGCAAACUCUCCACCUGGACGACUUCACCAGACCCUCGUCGACCCUGGAUCCCAGAGUCAGCGUGGACUCCAACCUCUUUGUGUACAGCAGGUCGGACCUGUACAUGAGCAGAGACCACAGCUCCCCCAACAUUAAGCACUACGUUCACUUGGACUGGCUGUCAAAGGAGGACGGCUCCCACAUCCUCACCGUGGGAGUGGGGUCCAACAUUCUCAUGUACGGCCGCAUCUCCGGCGUGAUCAACGAGCCGAUAAGCAGCAAGGACGGCGUGGCGGUCAUCACCCUUCCCCUAGGGGGCAGCAUUAAACAGGGCAUCCGAUCGCGCUGGAUCCUGCUGCGGGCCGUGGACGUCCUGUCCUCUGUGGACGGCACCCCGUCUCUGCCGGUCUCCCUGUCCUGGGUGAGGGAUGGCAUCCUGGUGGUGGGCAUGGACUGUGAAAUGCACGUGUAUGCCCAGUGGCAUCAGGACAAGAAGCCCGGGGAGGGAGAGGAGGGCAACCUGUCGACCGCAGACAUUGCCGGGGGUCAAAGCGCAGGUUCCUCCUCGGCUUUUGAAGGCAGAGCCAGGUCCAAGAGUGUGUUUGAAGGAGGCGUCGCAGUGGACGAGGCCCUUCGUGCCCCGGCGGGACUUCAGGAGGGGGGACUGUUUGAAGCGGCUCACUCCCUGUCUCCGACUCUACCCCAGUACCAUCCCACUCAGCUGCUGGAACUCAUGGACCUGGGCAAGGUUCGCCGUGCCAAGGCCAUACUUGCUCACCUGGUGAAGUGCAUUGCCGGGGAGGUCGCUGUGGUUAGAGAUGUGGAGGCAGGUGAGGGCGGAGCUCGGAGACAUCUGUCCCGUACUAUCAGCGUGACCGGCAGCACAGCCAAGGACACCAUUGUGGCCGGGCGCGACGGGGGGAGGGACUACACGGAGAUCAACUCCAUCCCUCCGCUGCCCCUCUAUUCCCUCAUGUUGGCUGACCUCGACACCUCGUACAAGGGAGCGGAAGAGGGCGCUAAGGGAGCUAAGGUGGAUAGUGAUGGAUCCCAGAAGUCUGCAGAGGACCAGUAUUCCGACCUCUUCCAGGUCCAAUCUGUCACUACAGAUGAUUAUCUGACCUUUGCCACCGACAAACCAGAGAAGAAGUCUCGAGUUAUCAACCUCUCUCAAUAUGGACCGACUUACUUUGGGCCUGAGCAUGCUCAGGUUUUAUCCAGUCACCUCAUGCACUCAAGCCUCCCAGGACUGACCAGACUAGAGCAGAUGUUCUUGGUGGCCUUGGCCGAUACUGUUGCAACCACCAGUGCUGAGGUCACCAGCUCCACUGACCAGAAGUGCACAGGUGGCGAGGCCCUCGACGAGUGCGGCCUGAGGUACCUGUUGGCCAUGCGUCUUCACACCUGCCUGCUCACCUCUCUGCCCCCCCUCUACCGCAUGCAGCUGCUCCACCAGGGCCUAUCAACAUGCCACUUUGCAUGGGCCUUCCACUCUGAGGCCGAAGAGGAGCUGCUCAACAUGAUCCCGGCCAUGCAGAGAGGCGACCUACAGUGGUCUGAGCUCAAAGCCGUCGGAGUGGGUUGGUGGGUUCGUAACAUCAACACUCUGCGGAAAAUGGUGGAAAAGUUAGGUAAAGCUGCGUUCCAGAAACACAACGACCCUUUAGAUGCUGCGCUUUUCUACCUGGCCAUGAAGAAGAAAGCUGUGCUGUGGGGGCUCUUCAGGUCUCAGCAUGAUGAGAAGAUGACUCAGUUCUUCAAGAACAACUUUAGCGAAGACCGCUGGCGAAAGGCAGCUCUGAAGAAUGCUUUCUCCCUGCUGGGGAAGCAGCGCUUUGAGCAGUCAGCUGCCUUUUUCCUCCUGGCUGGAUCACUCAAAGACGCCAUUGAGGUUUUGUUGGAGAAGAUGGAGGACCUCCAGUUGGCCAUGAUAGUGGCAAGGCUGUAUGAGGCCGACUUUGAGAACUCCUCCACCUGCCAGGGCCUCCUUCACGAGAAGGUCCUGGGCUGUAACAGGGACGGGAGCGGUUACCACUGUUCCAGGCUGCACCCGGACCCGUUCCUCCGCAGCAUAGCCUACUGGAUCAUGAAGGAUUACACGCGAGCUCUGGACACACUGUUGGAACGAAUCCCCAAGGAGGGUGAUGAAAACCCUGAUGUGACGGUGAAGGCUUGCAACCCCGUGGUGUUUAGUUUCUAUAACUACCUGAGGACACACCCUUUGAUCAUCCGCCGGCACUUCGCAAACCCAGAGGCCCCAGCGACAGCUGUGGGCUUCACCGCCGAGAAGAACAGCGCCGUUGAGAUCAACCUCAUCGAGCGCAAACUGUUCUUCACCACUGCCAAUGCACACUUCAAGGUGGGCUGCCCAGUUCUGGCUCUGGAAGUGCUCUCCAAGAUCCCCAAAGUUACCAAGAAAUCUAGUUCCUUACCUGUCAGAAAAGCAUCAUCCAAAGGAAACGGAAACUCACACAAACCCCUGGAAAAUGGCACCCUGGGAGGCGUGGAAUGGGGCGCCCCCGCAGCCCCCGUGCAAGCGUGGGGAGGAAACGAUAGUGUGGGUGGGCUGGACUGGAGCCAGCCUCUGGUGAAGGUGGAGGAGGACGAGCUGAAGCUGGACUGGGACCAGGACAAGGAAGAUGAAGAUGAUGAUGAUGAGGAGGAGGAUGGUUUGACCAUGAAGAAACCAGAGGCUGAGACCAAAGUGGAAGGAGGCUCAGAGAGUGGCUGCUCCAAACUAAAGAAAGAGGAGUCACAGAGUGAGUCGGAGGUGGACGUGAUUGCGGAGCAGCUGAAGUUCCGCGCCUGUCUGAAGAUCCUGAUGACCGAGCUGCGCACGCUCGCCACAGGCUUCGAGGUGGACGGAGGGAAGCUCCGCUUUCAGCUCUACAGUUGGCUGGAGAAGGAGAUAGCUGCCAUGCAUACCAUCUGCAACUACAAGGUGGAGGGGAAGGAUGAAGAUUCAGAGGUGGAGCGCUGGAGAGCGCGCACGGCAUCGGUGGACGUAUCGGACGACGCCCUGGAGCGCACGGAGGCCGGGGCGUACGAGCGUCACCAGAUGGAGCGGCGGCGUCUCCAGGCCAAGCAGCAGCACUCUGAGAGGCGCAAGGCGUGGCUGAGGAAGAACCAGGCCCUGCUGAGGGUGUUUCUGUCCUACUGCAGCCUUCACGGAGCCAAGGGGGGCGGAGUCACGUCCGUCCGCAUGGAGCUUCUGUUUCUUCUGCAGGAGAGCCAGCAGGAGACCACGGUUAAGCAGCUGCAGUCUCCUCUGCCUCUGCCUACUACGCUGCCGCUGCUGUCAGCGUGCAUCGCAACCACCAAGACGGUCAUCGCCAACCCGGUUCUCCACCUCAGCAACCACAUUCACGACAUCCUCCACACCAUCACCCUGCUGGAGACCACGCCGCAUCCCGACGUGAUGGAUGAUCGGGUCAAUUCUCUUCAUACACUGGCAGCAUCUCUUUCUGCUUGCGUCUAUCAAGCACUGUGUGACAGCCACAGCUACAGCAGCCAGACGGAGGCCAACCAGUUUACAGGGAUGGUGUACCAGGGCCUGCUGCUCAGCGCGAGGAAGCGACUUCGCACGGAGAGCAUCGAAGAACAUGUGACUCCCAACUCUGCUCCUGCACAGUGGCCAGGUGUGUCGUCCCUGAUCUCUCUGUUGACGUCUGCCAGGGAGGCGGACCAGCCGAGGCUCAACGUGCUGCUGUGCGAAGGGGUCAUGGCUGUUUAUCUCGCGCUGCUCAUUCACGGCCUGGGCACCCACAGCAGCAAUGAACUCUUCCGCCUGGCAGCGCACCCGCUCAACAACCGCAUGUGGGCCGCCGUCUUUGGGGGAGGGGCCAAACUCAUUAUCAAGCCAAAGAGAACUGAGGCCCCACCAGCGGCUCCCCCUCAGGCCCCAGCGGAGGAUGUGGACCGAUACCGACGCAGGUUCAACAUGAGGAUGCUCGUUCCUGGACGCCCUGUGAAGGAGACCCCCGCCACCCCCCCGCCGGUGCCCCCAGAGAGGCCCGCGUACAGGGAGAAGUUCAUUCCCCCGGAGCUGAGCAUGUGGGACUACUUUGUGGCCAAACCCUUCCUGCCGCUGUCGGACAGCAAUGCCCUGUGCGACUCGGACGAAAGCGGCGCGGAGGACGACGAAGAUGACGACGACGCAUUCCUCUCUGACACGCAGAUGACGGAGCACUCCGACCCCAACUCCUACAGCUGGGCUCUGAUCCGCCUGGCGAUGGUGAAACUGGCUCAUCACAAUGUCAAGAACUUCCUCCCCAUCACCGGCCUCGACUUUGCAGAGCUGCCGGUCGUUUCCCCUCUGAGCAACGCCGUGCUGAAGACUCUGGAGCACUGGGAGCAGCUUCUGCUGGAGAAAAUGAACAAGUUCGACGGCCCGCCGCCCAACUACAUCAACACUUACCCCACUGACCUCAGCGCGGGAGGGGGCCCGGCCAUACUCCGACACAAGGCCAUGCUGGAGCCAGACAACACACCCUUCAAGACAAAGAACACUCAGUCUUUUCCAGCCCGACGUCUUUGGCACUUCCUGGUCAAACAGGAAGUUCUUCAGGAGACUUUGAUCCGUUACAUCUUUACCAAGAAAAGGAAGCAGUGUGAGUCUGUAGAGAACCACAUGGACCGUAUAAACCCAAACUGCAUAGCAGGAGCUAGCGGUCCCUAUAAGGUGGAAGCGGAUCUGGGCUACCCCGGAGGAAAGGCUAGAAUCAUCCAUAAAGAGUCUGAUAUAAUCAUGGCAUUCGCCAUUAACAAGUCCAACUCCAACGAGAUAGUGUUAGCCUCCACUCACGAUGUCCAGGAGGUGGACGUGUCAACACUGGUGGCUGUCCAGCCCUUCACUUGGAUAGGGGACGAAUUUGACAAGGAGUCCCGCAGCUCUGACGACGUGGACCAUCGCUCUUCUCACACCAACAUCGCCCAGGCCAGCUCUGCCCCCUUCGCACCCCCACAGAUGCAGGUCUCUGCGUCCAUGCCGUGGCUCGGCAGCGGGCAGACCAGCAUGGGGGCCAGCGUGAUUAUGAAAAGGAAUCUCAACAAUGUAAAGAGAAUGACAUCCCAUCCUAUAUAUCAGUAUUACAUGACCGGGGCUCAGGACGGCAGUGUGAGAAUGUUCGAAUGGAACAGACCUCAGCAGCUCAUUUGCUUCAGACAAGCAGGCAAUGCCAGAGUCACCCGACUCUAUUUCAACUCCCAGGGCAAUAAGUGUGGAGUCGCUGACGGAGAGGGCUUCCUCAGUCUGUGGCAGGUCAACCAGACAUCCUCCAACCCCAAACCCUACCUGAGUUGGCAGUGCCACACUAAGACCUGCGGUGACUUUGACUUCAUCACCUCUUCCAGCCUCAUAGCCACAGCGGGACAGUCCAACGAUAACAGGAAUGUUUGCCUGUGGGACACUCUGGUUUCGCCGAGCAAUACCAUGGUGCACGCGUUCCCCUGCCACGAGAACGGGGCCACCGUGCUGCAGUACGCUGCAAAGCAGCAGCUGCUCAUCACCGGAGGCAGGAAGGGCUUUGUGUGCGUGUUCGACAUCCGCCAGAGGCAGCUGCUGCACACUUUCCAGGCCCACGACUCCGCCAUCAAGGCCCUCGCGCUGGACGCCUUCGAGGACUUCUUUGUCACUGGCUCUGCGGAGGGCAACGUGAAGGUGUGGAAGUUGGCCGGCCACGGGCUCAUGCACUCCUUCAGCACCGAGCACGCCAAGCAGUCCAUCUUCCGCAACAUCGGCAACGGCGUCAUGAAGGUGGAAACGCGGCCCGGCAACCGCAUCUUCACCUGCGGGGCGGACGGCACGCUGAAGAUGAGGGUCCUGCCCGACCGCUACAACAUCCCCAGCAGCUUGGUGGACGUCCUGUAGCGCCGGAGUCCACAGAGGACAGACACGGAAAGGGGGGGGGGGGG